CGUAAAUGGCACGUUUAGGUGGUGAGAGGUGGAUGAGGAAAUAGGCACCAAUGCAGCUGAUUUGACCUCCAGUGGGAUAGAUACGAUUAGCACCAGGAUCAUGUCUCGUUUGAACCCAGAUCAGAACAGAAUUAAGACGAACGAGCUUUCACAAUUGCAGCAGAUGAAGAUCCAUUGGUAAAUCAAUCAGGAUUUUUGGCCUACCCUCCAAAGAAAAGGAGCGGAAAGAAUGUCGGAGCGGGCCGCGGAUGACGUCAGGGGGGAGCCGCGCCGCGCGGCGGCAGCGGCGGGCGGAGCAGCGGCCGCGGCCGGCCGGCAGCAGCAGCAGCAGCCUCCGCAAUCCCAGCGGCAGCAGCAGCCGCCACCGCCGCCACGGCGCCCACGGCCAGAGGACGGCGGGCCCGGCGCCGCCUCCACCUCGGCCGCCGCAAUGGCGACGGUCGGGGAGCGCAGGCCUCUGCCCAGUCCUGAAGUGAUGCUGGGACAGUCGUGGAAUCUGUGGGUUGAGGCUUCCAAACUUCCUGGGAAGGACGGGACAGAAUUGGACGAAAGUUUCAAGGAGUUUGGGAAAAACCGCGAAGUCAUGGGGCUCUGUCGGGAAGACAUGCCAAUAUUUGGGUUCUGUCCAGCCCAUGAUGAUUUCUACUUGGUGGUGUGUAACGACUGUAAUCAGGUUGUCAAACCACAGGCAUUUCAAUCACAUUAUGAAAGAAGACAUAGCUCAUCCAGCAAGCCGCCUUUGGCCGUUCCUCCCACCUCAGUAUUCUCCUUCUUCCCUUCUCUGUCCAAAAGCAAAGGAGGCAGUGCAAGUGGAAGCAACCGUUCUUCCAGUGGAGGUGUUCUUAGUGCAUCCUCAUCAAGUUCCAAGUUGUUGAAAUCACCCAAAGAGAAACUGCAGCUCAGGGGGAACACCAGGCCAAUGCAUCCCAUUCAGCAAAGUAGAGUUCCCCAUGGUAGAAUCAUGACACCCUCUGUGAAAGUGGAAAAGAUUCAUCCGAAAAUGGAUGGCACACUACUGAAAUCUGCGGUGGGGCCAACCUGUCCUGCUACUGUGAGUUCCUUAGUCAAGCCUGGCCUUAACUGCCCCUCAAUACCAAAGCCAACCUUGCCUUCACCUGGACAGAUUCUGAAUGGCAAAGGGCUUCCUGCACCGCCCGCUCUGGAAAAGAAACCUGAAGACAAUUCGAAUAAUAGGAAAUUUUUAAAUAAGAGAUUAUCAGAAAGAGAGUUUGAUCCUGACAUCCACUGCGGGGUUAUUGAUCUCGACACCAAGAAGCCCUGCACCCGGUCUUUGACGUGCAAGACACAUUCCUUAACCCAGCGCAGGGCUGUCCAGGGUAGAAGAAAACGAUUUGAUGUGUUAUUAGCCGAGCACAAAAACAAACCCAGGGAAAAGGAAUUGAUUCGCCAUCCGGACUCUCAGCAACCACCGCAGCCUCUCAGGGACCCACAUCCCGCCCCUCCUAGAACGUCACAGGAGCCGCACCAAAACCCUCACGGAGUGAUUCCUUCCGAAUCAAAGCCUUUUGUAGCUAGUAAACCUAAACCUCACACCCCCAGUCUUCCAAGGCCUCCAGGCUGCCCUGCUCAGCAAGGUGGGAGUGCCCCCAUUGACCCUCCUCCAGUCCAUGAAUCUCCACACCCUCCCCUGCCUGCCACUGAGCCAGCUUCUCGGUUAUCCAGUGAGGAGGGCGAAGGCGAUGACAAAGAAGAGUCUGUUGAAAAACUGGACUGUCAUUAUUCAGGUCAUCAUCCUCAGCCGGCAUCUUUUUGCACAUUUGGGAGCCGGCAGAUUGGAAGAGGCUAUUACGUGUUUGACUCCAGGUGGAAUCGACUUCGCUGCGCCCUCAACCUCAUGGUGGAGAAGCAUCUGAAUGCACAGCUGUGGAAGAAAAUCCCACUAGUGCCCAGUACCACCUCACCCAUCUCCACACGUAUUCCUCACCGGACAAACUCUGUGCCGACAUCACAAUGUGGAGUCAGCUAUCUGGCAGCAGCCACCGUCUCUACAUCCCCAGUCCUGCUCUCAUCUACCUGCAUCUCCCCAAAUAGCAAAUCGGUACCAGCUCAUGGAACCACACUAAAUGCACAGCCUGCUGCUUCAGGGGCGAUGGAUCCUGUGUGCAGUAUGCAGUCCAGACAAGUGUCCUCUUCAUCCUCAUCCCCUUCCACGCCCUCUGGCCUUUCCUCGGUUCCUUCCUCCCCUAUGUCCAGGAAACCUCAGAAAUUGAAAUCCAGCAAAUCUUUGAGGCCCAAGGAGUCUUCUGGUAACAGCACUAACUGUCAAAAUGCCAGCAGCAGUACCAGUGGCGGCUCAGGAAAGAAACGCAAAAACAGUUCCCCACUGUUGGUUCACUCUUCCUCCUCCUCUUCCUCCUCCUCCUCUUCUUCUCAUUCCAUGGAGUCUUUUAGGAAAAACUGUGUGGCUCACUCUGGGCCUCCCUACCCCUCAACGGUAACAUCUUCCCAUAGCAUUGGCCUCAACUGUGUGAUGAAUAAAGCAAAUGUGGUGAACGUCCGGCAUGACCAGUCAGGGAGGGGCCCCCCCACCGGGAGCCCCGCUGAAUCUAUCAAGAGGAUGAGUGUGAUGGUGAACAGCAGUGAUUCUACUCUUUCUCUUGGGCCAUUCAUUCACCAGUCCAAUGAACUGCCUGUCAACUCCCACGGCAGUUUUUCCCACUCACACACUCCUCUAGACAAACUCAUAGGAAAGAAAAGAAAGUGCUCACCCAGCUCGAGCAGCAUCAACAACAGCAGCAGCAAACCCACAAAGGUUGCCAAAGUGCCAGCCAUGAACAACGUCCACAUGAAACACACGGGCGCCAUCCCAGGGGCACAAGGACUGAUGAACAAUUCCCUCCUUCAUCAGGAUAUCUCCUCACCUUGCUUACGAACAGGAAUUUCAGCAACAUCACCCCAGAGCCCUGACUUAAAAUCCAAAGGCACGUCCCUGACAGCUGAAAAUAGCACGGGGAGGAAUAAUGCGGACACUUUUGAGGACAAGUUACACCUCCACUCAGCACUCUGGACUCCACGAUGCCUUUGAGUCUGUUUUCCCAACCUCCUGUGGGCCUCAAGGGUAGAAACCUGCCAGGCUGUUGUUUUAACGAGGAUUUCCCUGAAGCUGUGUCUCUAGCAGUGAGUACUCAUAAAGGACACUGGAUCAAGUUCAGCCACCGAAUUGCUUUUAUCAGUGUUAAAGUGGUCUGGACUGCUUGCUACCAAUCUGUGAGAAGUUUUCGUUUUUGUUUUGUUUUUAACUUGCAGUAUAUCACGGAGCCACUCUUCAAGUAGAUUGGCUGGGCAAAAGAAUGUUUUGACAAGAACGUUACUGUAGACCUUUCUCCCUCCUUCCUUUUACUACCUUUUUUUUUUUUUAACACUGUCAUCUGUAGGUCACUCUCCAGCAGUUAGGCACCUUAACUGGAGACCAGAAACCUUCCAGAGAGCAGAGGGCUGCAUCCCGAGCAACCCUCUGAGGAAGGGAAUUAGGCUUUAGAUUUUGAUAGCAGUGUUCCAGGAAUGAAAUACAGAUGUCAGCCCAAGGCACCAUAACAAAAUAGCCCAGCCUUUUGAGAGUAAUUUGGGAAAAGAAGCUGUCAGAAGUUUCUAACUUACAAACUGGUUUGAAAUUGUUGAUGCCCAGACAGCAAGUAUAAAUCAUUUUGGAGGCUUACUUUUCAUGAUACAAAAGCAAUUCUGUGUGAUUUUUUUUUUUUUUUUUUUUUAAGAAGAAAGAAAAUGCAAGCUAGUUUUGAGAAAGGAAGGCCAAAUUGGGUUGGGGGAGGGUGGGAGUGAGGAAGUUAAAAUCACUAUAGGGAGAAAAAACUUUUUUCAAGAUUUCCAAAGAGAUGAAAUUUUCUUAAUCCUUUAAGUUUUCAUAGUAAACAGUAUGGCAGAUUGGGUUGGUUGUCCUACCUGGUCUAUUUUUACAAGUCACCUUUUAAAGUGACAUUAUUAGAUACACUUAAAUGUUUCCAAGGCACUCUCUGCAUUACCCUUGUUUUCCUCUUUGGAUACUGUCCUGGGACUAAGUGUAGAUUUCCGCUUCAAGCACUUCUGGCAUUGUGUGUUUUUGUAUGCACUCCCUUUCAUGCCACUGCAGAUGUUUAUUUGGAUGUGGUUGGGGACGAGAGCAGACACCAAGGGAAGGGAGUUGGAGAACAUGUAAGUCCUGACCUGAAGGUCUUUUGUGAUGCGUGUAUAGGAUUGCCCUGACACACACCCUCCUUUCUUGGGAUUAUACCAGCCAUCUUCCUCAGAGUUUUGGAGCCCUCUAGGAUAUUUUUUCUAGUACCCCACCCCCCACCCCUAAAGAACUUAAUAUGUUAAAACAGCAUUGCUUGGAGAAGGUGUCAUUGAAUUCGGGGAUGAGCCGGAGCCUUUAAAUGGGUGCUUCCAUCACUACAGGCUCCUGACACGAGAACCAGGCACUGUUGCUUAGAAGAACACACAAAGUUGCCGAACACAGGGUAAAAUUUCCAAGGCGCUGAUCAUUUCCCUGGCCAGGGCCUGAUGAGAGCCAGUCAGUACAUUCUUUUUUUCCUACAGUUCUUGGGUUUCAAACUUCAGUUUCAGGGAAUUUCAAGUCAACAACAGGUAGAAUGAAUAAACUUGGUUACCAGCCUAAUAAUGUGAAUUGCUACAGAAUUAUUCUUAUUAUGUAAGAAAACAAAAACUUUAUGCAGAUACUUUAGCUAUAAAUUGAUGUAAAAUACUGAUUUUUUUUAAAGGAAGGAGAGAACAGUGUCUUGUUCAAUUAUUAUGCAAUCAAUCAGUAAAUGUUUUUAAAAUGAUACUACAGGAGAGCUUAGUAAGGAGAGGGCAUGGAUGGGCCAGUUUGGUAUAGUUGGGAGAAAUCAGUCUGGUUUCCAUCCCAGUCGGGGAAGAGAGAGGAGGUGAGAGGGAAUCAGAACAUACCUAGUUGAUUCCUUGGUGACAAGUGCAAUGGGGUAUGGGUAGAAUUUAUUUUCAGAGCCAAGAGGACUGGAUGGUUAUAAAUAAAGUUGCCUUUAGCAAUGGAAUUUACAGACAGAUCAUGUUGUUCCGAAAGAUGUGAAUAGGAUCCACGAUAACAAGUUGAUUCAGACUAAUGUAGAUAUUUAGAUUAGCAAGUAUUGAACAUUUGAUUUCUUAGACUGAGGUUUUAAUUGAAUUUCAUUAUGUCUCCCGGUAAUACACAGAGCAUCGGGAUUAGGAAAUUAGCCAUUUCGGAUUCUGCCUGCCACAAACAGACCUAUUCUAAACAGUGCUAUUAAAUUUUAGACUGUUGUUCAAAUAUUUUAUUUUCUCCUACACUACUUUUUAUGAUGAUGAAUAAUUAAGACCAUUUAAAACACGGGAGUACAAGUAUUUUUUUUUUGAAUUAAAUUAACUUGCAAAAACCAAAUUUGCAGUGGUUGGGUUGUUUCUAGACAGACUUUGGUAUCAAUUUAAAACCAAGAUAAUUUUUAUAUUCUUUCCAAUAGAAUUUCAUGACAACUCCUGCAGUUUUCUUAACCUACAAAAAAAAAAAAAAAAGUGCUGCAAUGAUGAACAAAGAAUUAUACAAAACCUACUUUUGUAUCUUUAUUUUGGAAUUUCUUGUUCUAUUAUAAAUAUGGAAGUAUCCCUAUUUCAGAAGACAUAUUUUGUUAAAAAUGAAUUGUACAUAUUUAAAUAUGUAUUUUUGCACAGGUCUUUUUUUCUGAUAUCCUGUUUUGGUACAAUUGAGAUCAUCUAGUAUUUAUUUAUUAAUUAAUAAAAGUAAAUACCUUUUUAUAAUUUGAAGUGGUUCACUGCCAAGCCAAUAGUUCUAGAACCUGCCUCCUUUACAGUUUUAAGGGAUGCCUCUGUUCUGUGAAAAGUCUUUGUCCCUUUUAGUGUCUCGGGAGUGGAUUCAUACAGAUGAAGUGGGCAUUGCUUCUUCCUGGUUGCCUGGUUUCCCGAUAGACUACAUGUAACUAAGUGACACACUGCUUUUCUUUUGUUAGUAUUUUAUGUGUGAGAGUAUGUGAUUGCGUGUGUGUGCGCCUGUGUGUGUGUGUAUCCUCUGAGCACAUCUAUGUUAGUAUGUGAUGUGGUUUAAAACUAAUGGAAAAAACUGAAAGUGCCUGAAACUAGUUUUAAGCUUAGACAGAAUCUCUUUAAAAAGACUUGAAUGUUCAGUUGAACUUUUGGAGUUUGCUUUUUCCACCUAAAUAUUGUUUCUAAAAUUUUAGGGGAGGAGUUGAAAACUACCAAUGCUGGUAAUUUUAUAAGGUAUUUUAAAAUUAAGACCUCUUGGUUCAUAGUAAUUCAGUUGGUGAUGGAUAGCCUGGUGGCACCAAGGGUUACAGAUCUUUUUGUCAGCCAGCAACUUACACGAUGUGUCCGUUUUGUUAUUCACUCAUGAAAUACAAUUUAAAAUAUUUAAAAUAUUUUGUAUUCCAAAAAUAUAAUACAAAGAAGUACCUCUGAGAACAUUGAAAAAAUGGAUAAUUUGAAAAAAUGUAACUUAUAAAGGCAGCUGUCUUCCUGCAAGAGUUCUGUUGCCAAGGAAUUUCUUAAUGUCGCUCAUUCUGUCCAGGGGGUUUGGGGGGAUUGGGCUUUGAAAAAAUAUUGUUAAAAGUUUGUUUAGCAGAAAAUAAUCAUUUUUACAUUUUGUGCAAAACAUUUUACAUUUUCAGAUAAUUUAAAUGAGCACUACAUACUGUCAGUGUGAAUGUAGGGCCUUGAAAGCAUUUUGCUUUUUUUUGUUUUUUUUUUUUUUUUUUUUUUUUGAGCUUGGUUAUAAAAGCAAUCUCCUGUGUUAAAAACGUGUGAAUAGUUUCAUAAUUUGUACACAUAAUCAAGAGCAUCUCAGCUGGACUUUGUGUUGGCUGCUGUAUAGAACAUGAACAAAUGUCAAGGGAUAGAAAAUUACUUUGGAUAUUUAAAAGAGAAGAAAUAUAUAGUCUAUUUGUUUUGUAACAAGUUUCUGUAAAUAAAAUAAUUUAUACUAUUUAUAAGAAAAGGUUGUGCUUUGCUUUAUAAGAAAUUAGCUUGUGGAACAAACAUGUUACUAAACGGGCAAUAAAAUUAGGACUUCUCAAUAAAUAAGGUUGGCUGCAUGAAAUAUUUUACAUGUUUCUGCCUCGUGAUACUAAACCCUUUCAGUCUACUCUGACUUUUCAUCACUUUUGGCAUUGAACACCCUUGUGAAGCCCCUUCAGUUGAGCCUUCCUCUUAUAUAAGCUAAAUACUUGUAAGGCAUGGGGAUGUUUCCAUCUGGGGGCACAAAGCUUUGCUUUGGAUAAAUUAGUAACUGUGUAAACUGUGAACAUUACUGUAUUCUGGCCUUGCAUGUUUGUGAAGGAAACGAGGAAGUUGAUGGAUUGAGAAACACAUUCUGUUUGUACUUAGGUGCAAAUUUGAUGACAUGUAGUUUUGGUUUAAGAUAAGCUUUUUAUCCAGACCUGGUCUAAUCUCUUCCUUUCUUUUACAUACCUCCCUUACUGGCAAUACAAGUGCAUUUUAGUAUUAUUUGGAACACAGCAUAAUCAUUUACCUCUAGAAAUCCAGACAUUUUUACUGUUUGCAAAUAAAUCAUUCUGAUAAAUUAUUUUUGUUGCUUAAGAGGAGCAACUGCUUUGUGUGUUAGCAAGAAUGUCCAUACCUGAUAUGAAAGUCAUGUUGGCUUCAGUUCCUACUGCUCUAUGGACUUCCCAUUCCCUCCUUACUUAAGUCAACCACCCACUCAGUACUUUCCACAAAUCUAAUCAUGAGGUGCUCUCUGUAGGUAAAUCCUUUCACUAUGGCUGUCCUCAAACCUCCCAAGAAAAGGUUCAACUGCUCAAUCUCUUACCCUUUUUAAUUCCAUUCCCUUGCAGGUAUCCCGGUCCUGCAUAACAAGAUGAUCCCAACUCAAGGAAAGGGGUUUAGCAGUGUUGGAUCUUGGUGUAUGUGGGAUUUCACCAGGCAGAAAGGCAGACAAGAGUAAGAUUCUAGGCAGAGAAAGCAAAUGCGUCGAGCAUGGGUAUGAAGAUGUGAGGGAUAGAGAAUAAUUCUGCAGAAGUUUGCUGGAUGGAAGAGCCUUAUAGGGUUAGAGAAGCUGGUGUCAGACUGUCAAGGACUUUGAAUGUCAUGGGGCUUCUCAUCCAGGAACACAUGGGAUCAGGCUUAGAUUAACCCAAAUGUAACUGUCAGAGCCCAGAGAUAUUUCAUGGUCCAGUCUUAGCGCACUGUGCAGCUGCCAAAAGUCAAAGCCAUUCAAAUCUGUACUGAAAACUGUGGAAAAGCAAAGGAGCACUUAAGUUUCUUUCCCCAUCUCUUGCAUUCUCACUCUCUUUUGCCUCAAAGAUCUGUCUUUACCUGCCCCUGUCCCCAGUCCUAACAAAAAGCACUCCCCUAAAUCAAGUCUAAGUUCUUCUCCGUUCUCAUUCCUUUCUUAGUCUCCUCUUUCUCGUAAGAAGUUCUUGCUCCUGUUGUUAAUGGAAGUUAAUUAGUCUUUCACCUUGUAAGGCUGUAAUUCUUGGCACUUGUUAUCCUGAUUUUCUACAUCCAAAACCCAUGGACCAGAAUAUCUCUUAGGAGGUAAGGGAGAGUGAGGCUAUCAGCCAAAGAAAAAGUCUCCAGGGGGAAGGGGAGAAUCACUUAUAAUUUAAUACUUUGUCAAAAAAACAUCUCUGCCAUCUAUGGCCCUUCAAUAGCAAUGGAAGAAGAAUCAACAGGUGAGAACCUCGGGAGAAAAGUAAGUUACAAAGCUGUUGUAAUCCAGGUAAGAGCUAUUAAGUUUCCAAACGAAGGCUGACUGUGAGGAUAACUGAUACUGAUUUCAGAAAUCUUUAAAAAGUGAACCAACAAGCCUUGAGGUCUAAUUCUGUUCAACAUUAAAGGGAAGAGUGAGUCUAAGAAGACUUUAGGUUUCUAGCUUGGCCAAACCAGUUGAGUUUUAAGUGAAAUGUGCGAUAUGGCAACAGAGAAGGAAAAAGACAUAACGAUAAAUUUGAGCUGCUGGUGGGAAAUUCUGGUUUAGUGCCCAGCUGGCUGUACAGGCUGCAUGGACCUUAGGAGGGAGGUUUGGGCUGGAAAAUAAAGAUGGAGAGUUGUCUUUCACUUUUUAGAUGAUCAAUGAGGUCAUAAGGGUAGAUGAGUUUACCUGGGAAAAUUAAGUAGCUAUUCGAUUUGGCUAUUACGUUAAAAUAAUACUUCUCUAGUUACGUAGUUAAUACGCCAAAUACUGUGCCAAGCAUUUUAUAUACAUCCUCUCUUUUACUAAGCCCUCAUAGGGCAGGUAUUUUGAUUCCAAUCAUACUGAUUGGAACUCCUAAGAAGGUGUCUUGCUUAAGGUCCCACAAUGAAUAGGUGGCAGAUCUAGGGUAAUUCAUGUCUGUCAGAACAGUGAUUCUUAAUUUUUCCCCUCCUCAGGCUCCAGGAAUCACAUGAAGUUAUGGAUCCUGUCUGACCGAGGCACAGGCACACCACAUUUUUAUAUUCCGCUUCCAGGAUAUCAAAAACCUGAAGCCUAUCCUCCAUGGCCCAGAGAGAAAACCCAGGAUAAAACCUUGGAGAAGACUAUUUUUGUGAAGACAAAUGGAGAAGAGCAUUAGAGUAAAAAGAGAGGUAAGGGAAGGCAUUGAGAUGGUUUACAGGGUUAGAUGUUUUGAGUCGAUUCCAUUAUGCAUCUACCUAUUUAGGUAAUGGUUUAUUAUCCUGCUGUUUUCUCCAGGAUAAUUGGAACAGCAUGUAUUGGGUGGGUGGAAAAGUUAGAACUUGAGCAGGGAGAUUGCCAAAGAAUUAAGAGUAUGAGUGAAGAUGUGGCUGAGUGAUUGAUGAUGGUCUGAAUUGGGUAUUCAGGGAAGAGAACUAGAAGCCCACCACUAGAAUCUGUGCAGGUGCUCUUAAGACAUUGGUUUGAUUGGAAUUGCCUUCUUGUUAGGUCUUAGGAAUCUCCUUCCAGGUAACUUUUUCUAUGAUUAGACAAUUGAUUUGUUCAGGGUCACAGAGCAAACUCCACAUUUAAUUCCAUAUGGCCAAUAAAAGUGAGGGGUUACAAGGUGAGAUCCAAGGGCCAGAGUUAUCAAAGUGAUGCAGCACUUUUAGGAAUAGGACAGGGAAUGGAGGAAUUGGAAUUCCAAUAUUAUUUUCAAAAGCAGAACUGGCCAGAGGAAUUGGAAUUCCAAUAUUAUUUUCAAAAGCAGAACUGGCCAGAGGUGCUUGUGAUUCCUGGGUGGAAACCAUGGCAGUGGACAGAAGCAGCAUGGAGGAAAAGAGCACUGGAAUUCAGGCUGAGGAACUGUGAAGUCAAGGGUGUUGUAUAGGUUGUCCAUUUCAAAUUAGUUAGGGUUGCGUGGUUCUGGGAUGAUCUGCAUGAAGAGGGGAGAGUGACUUGGAGAUGUGUGAUUGAGGACAGUGAGCACAGUGCUUUGAUGGUGUUGGUGGGUUAUAAGCAGCUUCAAAGAGAAGACAUUUUGAAUGAAGGUGGAAACAUAACAGCCAGGAGAACAAGCAAAGGACUAGGAAAUGGUGAACUUCAUCUUGGCCCCAAGUUCCUGAGGUGCACAUGAAUAAACAGCCUCUAACCCAGAGGCUUUCAAGAAAAGCAGA